AUGGACAGCCCUUCUUUUGACACGGCCAAUUUCAUCAAAAUCGAAGAGAAUACACCCAAUUUCAUUCUCUUCGACACCAAGGUCGGCGAUCGCUCCCUCGAGAACCCCGACCAUGAAGAUGCUAUUUUGGGCUUCAUUCGAGGCUGCCAAGACCAAUUCAAGAUCCAGAAAAGGGAGAGGGUCGUUCCAUGGCGCGAUAUCCCAUGCCGCUUGAACAUCUUCGAGCAGGCCAAGGUCACAGACCAGUGGUGCCAAAGCAUGUUCAGCUGGAUCUCGCCGAAGUGCAACAAAUGUGGCUUUCACUGCCAGGCUCACGCCCUUCGACAAAAAACCGAAUUCGUGACCACGGUCGAAAUAUCAUCUCGCGAGUCGCUGUCCCUCACCCUCACCUCCGAUGGUGCGAGCUUUCAUUCGGCCGUUUGCAGUCCUAGAGAACCACGAAUUCGGAGAAUGGAGAAGAUGGAGCUACGAGCGGUAAAUGGAGUGACGGUCACAGGACCGACCAGGAUUUCCAGCACCCACGGCACUUUUUGCUGGACUUCCGGUCCGUUCGUGACAAUCGUCGAGGGAGAGAAAGGGCUUGACAAUGCGGAGUAUGUUUCAGUCAAGCGCUCUAUCUCCUGCCUGGCGCUCUCCGCGGACAAGAAGAGAGUCGUCACCGGCGAGGCGGGCAAAGACCCCUGCGUGCGAGUGUGGUGCCGCGAGUCGAAGAAAUACACGGCGAAAUUUAGCGGCCACCGAUUUGAGAUCAUCAACGUCGCCUGGCAUCCAGAAGGAAAGCAUGUCCUCUCGUGCGGCGACCAGCAUGACCGGCAAAUUUUCAUCUGGUGCCUGCGGACUGGCGAGAAGAUGGCGACGAGUAGACUGCAGCAGGAGCCCUCGUUUUCGUUGUUUUUCAGCGCCAAAACGUUCAUCACCGUUGGCAAAGGUCUGAUUCGCUUCUGGACCUUUCCAGCGCAGCGAACCCGUGUGGCAGUUCAAACGCUCACGGGGCGCAACGCGCCGCUGAAACAACGAAGAGAUCACACAUUUAUCGAUGCCUGCGCGACAUCUACUAAUGUCUUCGCUGUUGCGGAAGAAGGCAUCGCUAAAUUGAGUGGUACGCGCUCCCUGCAGUCGUGGUUUGACUACUCCAAGUGCCAGUGUAUCAGCACGAAUGGAGAGCACCUCUUCCUCGGAGUAAACACAGACUAUGGAGGAUGUGUUCUAGUUCUAACCACAAGCUUCGAGAGAUUGUGCGAAAUGGCUCUCGGCGAUAUCGACGUUCCGCCAAAUCCAGUAGCGAUAGCGCCCAUCAAGGAGAAUGAGGUGUUCGUCGUGUACAAAGAUCGCUCGUGCACCCUCUGGAACAGCGAUCCCGAAACGCCCAAGAUUGUGGAAGAGUACGCAGGCAUCCGGGGCCCUGUGAAUUCAGUGACUGCUUUUGAGCGGAAUACUGUCAUUUCAGGAUCAACUGAUGGUACUUGUCGCGUUUGGGAGUUGGGAGCUCGUGAUAUGUUCCAGCUUGAGAUUUACGCCACCAUGGAUGAAAAAUCCAUUCGUGUGGUGUCUUUGAACGAGGCGAAAGAUACACUCGCCGUUGGUCUCUCGAAUGGGAACCUCGAGCUGUACAGACGAAUGCCAUGCGAAGAGACGGAUCAAAUGAUCUGGAGUCGACUUGAGAACAUUGAGGCGCACAAUGGAGAGGUGACAUCGAUCAGCUGGCGUGGCGACAUGCUUGCGACAGGCGGCCGUGAUCGCUUUGUUCACGUAAUCUUCACGAACAGCAGAAGACCGUCGCUCACGGUGGACUAUCAUACUUCGUCUGUGAGUGCGGUCAACUGGAUCGUCGAUGAAGCGGACAACGCGACACUUGUCUCUGGUGGUGCGGACAAAGCCUUGUUCUUCCUUGCGCCAACAGAAGAGUCCCUUGAACGUGAGAAAUGGAUCAAAACUCCAUCCAGCAUUUGCGACAUCAAGGGACGGAAGCGAGCGUACGUUGCCCAGGGAAAGCAGGUAGCAUCGUACGACAUCCGCGGCGAGCUGAUCAAGAAGUACGAGAGCGAGAAAUGGACGAAAAACCUGGUCUCAAUCUGCCUUGAUGACAACGAAGAGUACCUCGCGACAAGCUGCUUGGUGAAUGUUGUAGUCUUCGAAGUUGAGCGUGCGACUGUUCUCCAUGUGGUGCCAGUGCAUGCAAUUAGCAUUGCACUUCUUGUCGCGAAUUCGUCGCCGAUCUUAAUUGGUGGCGAUUCCGAAGGAAACAUCUCAAUGUGGAGAACGCCCGUGGCACAGAUGAUCCAUCGAUCUCAAUCGCUACCGCUGCCAUGUGUCGUGGAAGCGUCAGCACAUGAGGAAAUGUCAGCUUCAUCGCGCACGCCGAAGCGACAAAAUGACUUCGAGGAGAAGAAAGUCCGCCGUCGAUCAAAGUGGAGCUCGAUGCCUACACCGUUCAAGAUCAAAGCCGCACUGGACUGCAGUGCCGUGACGAUCUACGAUGAGGAUGAAGAGGAAGGCGAGGAGCAAGAUAACGAACUCCCCGAACUAACUCUUGAAGCUGAUGAGCAAACAGUUAUUGCCGCAAAUAACUCCGUUUCUCCUGAUGCUGACUCCAACGAGUCCCUCGAAGCUCAUUUCGCCACUUGCACCAGCGAAUUUCCCGAGUUCCCGGAAAUUCCGAGUGAAGAGUAUUCUCGUCCAUCACUCUCAACAAACGCCAUCAAGCGAUUGACGAGUCAGCGCUCUGCUUGCGAGUUGAUUCCUGAAGAAGAUACGGUCAAAAACGACUCUUCCGGAAUCAGCUCUGAUUCCUCAAACUCGCCGAGGAAGGAAAACUGCACUCGCAAGAAUAUUAGUUCGCUCAUCUCUGAAAUUCAGGGCAUGAAUGCGAACGAAGUUAAAGAGUCCGAAAAAGAGCUCUUGGAGCUGAUCAGAGAGGCGAGUACUAAAUUGUACUUGUCAAAAUGA